CUCCAUGUUGGACUUUUCACUUUAGAAAGUUCCUGCGAGAGUCAUCAGGACUCCUUACGAUUCCUGCUGGAGUUUUUCAUAAACUUGGGACUCCCGUUGGAGUUUUGCCGGGAGUCUCGACUAGGGAGGUUAUCUCAAAAUCUAUUGUGGGAGAUAUGAAUGACGUUGUCCUUAGUUGCAGAAGAAGAUUAGGAGCUAUGUACCGGGUCUGCAUAGAUACUCCAAAUAACAUUUGGUCAGCAAUUUAUAAAUCUUCUGUAUUAAGCAAACUAGACUAUUGUAGUUGUUGUCUGUAACAGUACUCGGUAUGGAUUUACAUUAGAUAAAAUAACCAAACUAGAAGCAAGGUUACUAUGUAAGAAAUUAAAGUGAACUUGUUAAAAAGCUGUAUUUACUGGAUUUAGCAGUUAGACGUAAAUAUUUUCGCUUUAUCAACAAUUACCUCAGCUUUUAUCGAACCUUUGCAAGGGCACCGAAUUGACAGACUGAAUCAAUAUAGAAUGAAUUUCCAGUAAGUAAACAUUCCAGUGGUAACAAAAACCCAUACCGCAGCCUGUUUUUUCUACCAAACAGCAUAGACUGGAAUGUGUCGGUGGAAAAAAUUGUUUCUUCUAGUACGUUAGAUCAGUUUAAAAAUGCCAUUAAAGUUUAUUUACAGUUAUUUUUUACUCAUCAGUGUUUUUGUAUUAUUUUUCUUUCUUUUUUCAGUUGCGGUUGGUUUUAUUCCUCCGUUUUCCUAAGGUGGCACUAUCUUUCGUUAUAAGUUGUAUUUACUUUUUGUGCUUUUGCAUUUUCUCCCUUUCUAGAUUAUAUAUCUUGUUGUGAAAAUAAAUUUUCCCAAGUUCAAGAAUUCAAAUAUCAAAGAGAAGAUUACGUACCAAAGAAUAACAGUUAAGUCAAAUUAUUACAGACGAAAAUAAAUAAUUCGAUUACUAUUACUAAACUGUUAAAUAAAUUCCAAAUCACUAAUUUUCUUGUAGAACGUUAUAGUGGGUAUUAGUUUAUAGCUUUUAUCAUUUCUGUCUUAAUAACAGAUGUCGCCAUUUGCACCGAUAUAGAAGUAUUAGAAAGGACUUCUGGAACAUCAAUAGGGCAACGGUCUAUCAGAAACCAAUCGUGAAAUUUUAUAGUCACAAAAGACAUCGAUAAUGAGGUAACACUUAGUUUCUUAUUCAUCUAUGAAGCUGUCAUGUCGGAUGAAAAAUUAAGUUUGGCAGCAUAGCGCCCUGGAAAAAGAAAACAAUACAAAAAAUGACUAAUAUUAAAUUUCAAAUGUGUGGAGUUUUUUUAUUUCGAAGGUUAAACUGAUACAUGAUAUAUAAAAGUGUUGUAAUAAAAAGAAAAUAAAGUGCACUUUUUUCUUUUUUGGUUUUUUAAAAUAAACAUCACAUGCUAGAAAAAAAGAUGAUGUUUUUAUUGAAAAUUAUUUUUAAAAAGCUGUUGUGAAAUGAAGGAUUUAUUAACCCAGUUAGUUUAAUUCAUAGUGUGAUUAUUCGCAAGAAAAGGUAAUAAUGUAGACAUUUUGUUUGCACAUUUUUAACUCUGAUUAAGAUAAAUAUUCCUUUAGCAGAUGCUCCCCUUAUCGGGAGUGUUAAUGGGGGAGGACCUACUAAACAGGUAAGAUGGCUGGUCAAAUUUCUUAAGGUAAAGAAUUUAAGACCUCUGGGUUGACUUUUACACAAAGCAAGCUGUUUGAUUUUAGUUUGCAAUGUUGUUUUUUCUUUGAAUACAAUCGAUACCUCACAAAAGUCAGAAAAGAAGGCGGUACACAAAUUUCUUGCGAUGUUUCUUUCUACUCCCAUUGUCCCGAACAACGCCAUAUUCCUCAGAAACGGGCGAGUAUGAGUAAUUUAUAUACUCACUCUUCUUGUUUGAAGUACUUCAGUGGUUAAUUUAAAAAACAUUGACAAAUAUUUUGACUACAUUUUUUAAAUCAUAUUUGAUCUUGUCUAAAACAUCUGAUCGUUUAAAGUAGACAAAGGGAUAUGGUAAUCCAAACUCUUUAUUACUGAAAACUGAAAAAACUUUUGCUUUUUUCAAGAUACCACUGGUGCACGAGUGAAAUUUUUUUGUACAUGUACUCAAGCAAAAAUAUCCGGCACUUGCACUCAUAAAAAGUAUACUCGCUCAACUCUAAUCCGUUUCGUUGUACAGACAUGUUUGACAGUCACAAACACGAUGCUUUUCAUUACAAUGAGCUUUUGUUACUUUUGUUGAAAAAACAGAUGAUAGGCAUCUUGGCAAUCAUGUAAAUAAAUAGUAAUUUGUGCUUUUACGCCCUUCACAUGAAUAUUACGAUUGAACGUUGACGGUAUCCAAGAAAAUGUGAUUGUUUCGAGAAGUAACAAAAGAGCAGUCGAGUUGAAUAUCAGAAAAUGUAAAUAGUUCUAGAUUUAUUUAAUUGAUAGCUAUUUGUUCUAUUCAAUUGUCAAUGGAAGAUCCACUACCUUGCUCUUGAAAUUUUAUUGUUAUUUUAUGGUUAUAUUUCUAUUUAGUUGAAGCGCGCCGUGCAUUUGAUCGCCAUUCUAUGGCCACUUUAUUAUCAUCAAUGUCGAAUACCGCCUAUUUAUUAACUCCUAAAAAUGAUUUAUCAUCGUCUGAUUCACAACUCAUUGAUAUUCUAUUAAAUGGUAGUCAUGAUCAAAUUGUUCAGUUUAUAAAUCGUUGGUGUAAACAACAACGUCGUUCUCGUUUACAGACCAUUGUCGAUUCUUCUCAACGAUAUGAUAUAUUUUUAUCACUCAUUAAUACUCUCAUUCAAACUCAAAAUAGUGAAUAUCAAUUGAACUGUUUGCAAUUAUUACUUGAAUUAAACAUCUUACAUCAUCAAAAUUAUGAUCAACGUACAUAUUUACCAGCUAUUUUAAAAUGUCUAGCAUCACCAUCAACAGAUGUUAAUCAAUUAUGUUUACAAAUAUUAACAAAACAAAUUCAAACUACGCACGAUAUUUCCACUUAUUUACACAUCUAUAUCCAAGAUGGACUUAAAUCACAACAAACACGAAUAGUAGUUAAAUCGAUUCAAUACUUAAAAGAUAUUAUCACGAAACAAUUACAAUAUGAAAAUUUAUCACCCAUUGUUGAAUUAUUACUAAAAUGUUUAAAUGAAAGUACAUUUCGUUUAACCUAUGAACAGAUUCUUGUGGAUGCCGUUAGACAUAUGAAAAAUAUUCUCGGAAAUGAUUUGUUUAUUACUUAUUUAGAUACAUAUUCAAGUACUUUAAGAAAAGCUUAUUUUACACACGUAAAAGAAACAAAUAAUAAUAACGGUGAGGAUGAGGAUGGCGGAAAUGAUACUAAUUUAGAUGAUACAGACGAAGAUGAAACACCAAGAGCAACCAUCAACGAAAAAGUGCCAUAUUUUCAUUCAGUUUCAAAUGGUUUUAAACUAAACGGUGUGCACAAUUUGUCUCCAUAUUUGAGUAGUGGUAAUGGUGAAAAUUCCCUACAAUUACGUAAUAAGCCAUCCACUACUACUACCAAUGAUAUUGGUGAUAAUGAGUUUAAUCAAAUUGUUGAAUUAAUUAAAACAAAAUGGUUAAGUUUAAAUGAAACAACACGUUUACAAUAUUUAGAAAAAUUUAAAUUAACAUAUGAAAAACAAGCAAUAGCCAUUAAAACUCAAGAAGCAACAGAUAAAACUGAUCAAAAUAUUCCACAAAUAUUUUUAACAUUUUUAACAACUAUUAUAGAUCUUCUUGUUUAUAUUACAUCAUCAACAAUUGAUAUAUCAAUUAAAAUUAAAAUACAUCUUUGUUCAUGUUUAAUGUGGUUGAUUAAAAAUUUGAAGAAUCAAUGUAAAAAAGAUUAUAAACAAAUCUGUACAAUAUUUAAAAAUAUUUUAUGUAAUGGAAAUUCAAAUAAUCGACAAUUAGCAAAAUUAUCUGUUAGUUUAGUAUUAAUAUUAGAAAAUUAUGUUCAUCCACAAUUAGUUUUAAAUGAAUUAAUUGACAAUGAUAUAUUUGAUUCUUAUACAUAUCGUAGUCAAUUAGAAAUGUUAGCAAUUGUUACGGCAACAUUACUUAAAUAUCGUCAUCAAAAAUAUGAUCAACUAUUUUCAAUAUGUAAACGUUUUUUUCCAUUAUUAAUAACGAAUCGUCGUGAAUUACGACAUGGAGCAAUUGAAUGUUUUACAGUUAUUUGUUAUUAUAUGAAUCAAUAUAAAAAAAUACCGUUAAUUAUUGAUAUGGUUAAUCCACAAUUAAAAUUAUUAUUUCAAACAAUUGAACAAUUACCAUUAAAUGGACAUGAAGCUGCACUUGCUCUCAAAUAUCGAUUACAAAGAAAUAUUUUACCUGUAUUAACUGAUGAAGGAAAUAUUACGCCAGGUAUCGUUCUUAGUGAUCAAUCAAUGAUAAAUGAUCCAGAUGUUAAAUUUAUAUUGUCUGCUAAUCUACAACCAUCACCCUCUCCAGCUUUAUAUCAACAACAACAACGAAUAUUACAGAAUAAUAAUAAUAAUAAUAAUAAUAAUUCAAAAUUGUUACACUUAGCCAUGCCAUUUGUCCCAAAAUCAAUUAUAAAAAAUAGUUCACCAACAAAUGAGGUAAUGAGAAGUCGAGAGAUACCGCCUCUACGUCCACCAGAUACUGACACAUUUACUAGCCAUCAUCAUUUUGAUACAAAUCAAAACACCCUUCAAUUUCGACCUGUUAUACCUCGACGAAAUUCAGGCACAACAGUUUCUCGGCUACCCUCAAAUCCAUGGUCAACUCCAAAUAUUAAUACACAACCAUACAACACAAAUAAUCACAAUCACACUGAUCUAUUAAAUAAACGUACUCAUUACGAUUUAGAUCUUGAAAAUGAUGACGGAAUUGAUACUGCAUUAGAAUCAAGAUCUAUAAAUACAUUGGACGAAAGACUGUUACCAGUGCAAGAUUAUAAUAAUCCAUUAAAAAAACCCGUACAUUCUGUUCACAAUAGUUCAACAAGACGAAAAGCUGACAAAAUCUUUAGUAGUGAAUAUGAAUCAUUAUCAACACGAACAUUAACACCUGAAAAUAGUAACGAAAGUGGAGUUUAUUCGCAGUAUUCAUCUGGACGAGAAUUAGACUAUACACAUCAAAAUAAUUCUAAUAACUAUAAUAAUAAUAAUAACAAUGGAAAUAUUGAUGAUCAUACUUCGAGACCAAAUCAUAUAACAGGCAAAGAUCAAUUAUUUACAACUAAGCCUCGUCUAGCUCGUUCUGGUUCAAAAACUAAACAACAGUUAUUUAACGAUCUCUCAUCAUAUAGACAAUUAGAUUUUAAUCCCUCAUUUCAUCUACUCCCAUCAAAUACAAAUGUUGAAAUUGUUGGUAAAGGCUACAUGGACGAUAGACCAAGAAGACUAUCAACAGAUCCUGACGAAAAACCAUUGAUCAAUAAAAAUCGACCAAAAAUAAUCAAAGGAUCUGUCAUCACAACGCCUUUGGCUACAACUACACAUACAAAUGUUAGUAGUGAAGAUUCAAUCGGUGACGACGGACAAGAAAUUGGUGUUAUUGGAAAAGCGGUUUAUCUUCCUAUACGAACAAUUCGUGCAGAAACUGAUCCAUCAAAAAUAAACUAUUUACAACAACAAAAAUUAUCUAAACGAAGUGAUAGUGAACUAUUUUCCGAUUUUGAUAGUGAUACCAAAGAAAACGAAAAUUUAGUUGAUCCUGGUCACUCACUAUCAGCAUCAUUUCGCUUACGUGUACAACAAAAAACGCAAGAAAAAAUUGAACAAAAGGAACGGCGUCGUCAAGAACGAGAAAUUAAACGUCGUCAAGAACCUUUUCAACCAAAAUCUAACAUGACAAAUAAUUCAAAUCAAAUGUUGUAUGAUGAACAACAACCACCAACAUCAUCGUCUACUUCAACAAGUCGUUAUUCGUCAAAUCCCGAUUUAUCAUCAGUAGCAACGAAUAAUGAUUUACCACCAACUCCUAGACGAAUAAUAACCAAUGAUAAUAAUAAUAAUAUUCUGCCUAAUGUUGCAUCACAACGACAAAAAAUGUAUAAAAACUCUAUGGCAAGAUCACAAACAUUUAAUAAUCGACGUGAUUUAUCUACAACUGAACAACGUCUAGCAUUCAAUAGACCAUUGUCUGAAGAUCGUGUAACAGAGCAAUUAAGAAAUCCAGAGGCUGUUUAUAGAGAAGCAAUGGAAUCCGUUGGAUCUGAUGAUUGGGAAAGAAAAUGUUCUGGUUUAAGCCUCUUACAACGUUUAAUUGCACAAUAUCCUGAUUUAGUAACACAAAAUAUUCAUCAAGUCGUUCUUAUUCUAAUACAAGAAGUAAAAAAUCUUCGAUCUCAAGUAGCUCGUUUUGCAAUAUCAACAUUUUCUGAUAUGUUUAAACAUUUGAAACGAAACAUGGAUAUUGAACUAGAUCUAACUGUUAAAGCAUUAUUACAAAAGAACGGUGAAACUGUAGACUUCUUUCGAUCUGAUACAGAAAAAUGUUUACAAACAAUGAUUGAUAAUGUAACAACUCAAAAAGCAUUACAAGCAUUGAUUGCUGGUGGUGCAAGUAUUUGUUUAAAAAAUAGUCAUCGUAAUCCCGCUGUUCGUAAAGCAUCAGCACAAUUUAUCUAUGUUGUAUGUGAAAAAAUGGGUCCGGGAAAAAUUCUAAGCGGCAUCAAAGAUAUAACAGAACGAGUACUCCAAGUAGCAGCACAAUUUGUAUCAGAUGGACCACCAGAAAUAAGGUGGUACGGUAAGAAAAUUUAUCAAAUGUUAAUAUCAUAUGAUGAAUUAGAUAGUAUGAUGCAACGAUAUUUAAUUCCAGCAACGUAUACACAUAUGAGAGAAGUAUUAGAUACGAUAAGAGUUAAAGGUGUCGGUGAAACGCCCAGUGAAUCAGCUCGUAACAAUGGUAGACGAGUAUUAUCCACAGAUAAAAUAGGAUCAACUGGAAAUUUAACAUCAAAUCAAUUUUCAUCUAUUCGAAAAAUGAAUAGUGCUGACCAAACGGAACAAAUUCGAAAUAUUGUUAAACAAAUGCGUAGUACAGAUUUUCGUCAAAGGAUGGAUGGUGUUGAACAAUUUCAAAAAUUAUGUGAAUUAGAAACAGAUGCAGCUUCUGUUUCUCUUGUACAGAUAUUUGAUGCUUUCAAUGAUUGUUUGUCUGAUAUGAAUUCAAAAGUAACAUUAAAAUCGUUGAAUACAAUGCAUCAAAUUGUUCCAAUAUUAGGUGAUGCACUAAAUGGCAUAAUUAAUUCAACACUGCCAAUUAUAGCCCAAAACAUAGCAUCAAAAAAUCAUGAAAUAUCACAAUUAGCAUCGGAUAUUAUUGAUGCGGCAAUUGAAUAUAUCGAUAGUGGUGUUCUAUUGCAACCGUUAUGUGCACUAAGUCAAAACAGUAAUCCACGUGUUAGACCUGAAAUUGUCCUUAAAUUAGCAUCUAUUGUUCCAAAAGUAUGUCAACGACGUCAGAAACAAGUAGAAAUUCAUUUAUUACCAACAUAUUGGAAAUUAUUGGCACUAUUACGCGGACAAACUUCUACAAUGUUAAACAAUACGAACACAACGAUGACAACAUCAUCAGCUGGUGUUGGUAAUUUAAAUUCAUCUAUUCAUACUCUCACGACAGCCUUAUACGUUGAACUUGGCUCAGUAUUAAUUGAAAAAGCUAGUUCAUCAUCAGCUGUAGCACCAAAAAAUCUUCAAUUAUUACGAGAAUUAUGUACGAAUAUUGAUGCCGUAUAA